CAUGGUUUGACCCUUCUUGGCCCCCAGCGCUAGGGCUGACAGGACAUACGCAGCCAGCCAACCCCAGCCAGCCAGACAACACCAGGGGUUUCAGGGUCUUGGAUCCCGAGUGCCCCAAUAGGGCAAUGCCCGCCGCUCGCCGUCUGUCGGGGCGACGCAGCGUCCCGAGACCGAACGAGACAACAAAACCGUCGCCCAUCGCCGCUUACGUCUGGUGCUUGCCUCAUCAUGACUUUGUCAGGGACUACUAUUCCGCGCGACAUACGUCGAGCUCUGGCGUCCCGCCCGACGCGCAAUCGAAAUGGGAGCUCUCUUCUCGCGGCCCGGUCGUGAGGACAGCGCCCUUCCCACCGGCGCCUUCUCUGCCGGCAACCUCUCCUCGCUCGACAGCCCUUCCAUCGCGCCGUACUUGGGCAUCAACACGGGCCUCUACAAUGGCAUCCCGACGUCAGACCUCCCGCCGAUUCCGUUCGAAUGGAUCGUGUCGCCUCGAAACGUCACCGACACGUGCCCGAACGGCGCGCGGAUACUCACCUGGUUCGGCGUGACGGAGGCCGUCAUCACGCUCCUCACGCCCCUGGUGGCGUACCGUCCGCUCAUCCACUUCCUCUCGCGCGGGCUCCUCGGCCGCCGGUCCAAAAACUCCCUCUGGCUCGCCUGGACCGUCACCUUUGCGUGCCAGCUCGUCGCCAACGCCGUCGCGGCGGGCCUCAUCGGCAACACGCCCGGGUACGGACACCUCAACAUGCUGCACAUCUUCACCGUGCUCAUGGCCCGCCCGCGGUUCCACUUUGUCGUCCUGGGCCUGCUGCGGACCGUCGUGCGCGUGCGUCGGCCGCGCAGCUGGGACGGCGGCACGAACAACAACAACAAAACGACCAUUAUCCGGCGCAAGGACGACGGCGGCGUCGAGUUCCCCUACACGGACGCCUGGAUCGCCACCUCCCUCUCCGAGAUGCUGCUGCUCAUCGUCUCCGCCAUCUUCACGGGCGUGACGUGGCACCGCCUGCCCGAGGCCAGCAAGGCGCGCGAGUUCAUCUCCGACCACGUCAGCUUCGUGGCCAGCGCGCCGGGCCUCCUGCUGCUGUGCAUGGUCGCCCUCGUGCCCUUCCACAAGCGCUACGGGGAGGCGUUCCCGUCCGAGGGGAGGCGCUACGAGACGGGCAGGCAUUGGGGCGUGCGCGUGCGCCGCGACGGCACGGCGAGGGUCGGCGUCAAGCACACGAAGCGCCAGACGGUGCUGAAGCGCUGGGCGAGCGCCGUCGUCGGCGGCAUCGUCCUGGCGUACGUGACGCUGGUGCAGUUUGCUUACUGGGCGAGGUUCCUGGAGAUGAGCGGUGUUUUGUUUUGUCCGCCAAAGCUCGUGAGCACUGGGAUUGUCUGGACUGUGUUCACGCUUGCAGGUCUCGUGGCUGGCGCUGCCUCCUAGAUCCGAUCGAAAGCAUCCGCCAAUCUAGACUAUCCCAGGUGCAUGGCGGAAGCCGAAUGAUGGUAAUGAUGAUGAUGCAUUUGCCGAAAACAAAAAGCGCCGGAUGGCGAUCAGAGUUUGGAUUCUAUCGUGAUUGCGAGGCGAAACUACUUUCGCAGGACUACUAACUACGCUACAAGCCUGUAAAAGGUUCCCAUCUCCAAACCAACUCUAUACUCAACAGUGGCAAGACUCAUACAGACGCCUCCAACAGGGCCUCAUCUUCUGUUUGAAGCCCAGCACAAACUAUACACGCGUCUCGACUAGCCCGCCAUGACGCUGCGGCCUCCAUCCUGAGUGAUGCGCUUCCGGACGCGAAUUUUUAUGAAGCCGUGUCCGAGCCGCACCAGCUCGGUGGUGGCCUUGGAGUCGCUAUCCUCGGAGUUGACGGCUGUCUCGUGCGAGUCCUCGCUCUUCACCUCACUCGCUUCGCCAUCGUCACUGGCGGGAGAUUCGUCUGUGACGGGAGAUUCAGGGGUGCGCUUGAGAACACCAACAACAGCGCUGGGCGCGAACAUCAGUGCUUCGCCGGUGCGCAGGGAGACAAUCUGCGAGAAUAACUGCAUCUCAGCAUCGGGAUACGCUGUGCAGUCGUCAACAUCUUCAUCGUAUGGCUUGAAGCUGGCGCGGCCUUUGUUCAGGGCCGUUGCGCCCGCGAGAUGGCCCUUGAGUGCGCGCAGCCAGUCUGGGGAGGUGAAGCGGUGCACCAUGGUGACGGAGCAGAGGUCUAGGAGCUUCGGGGAGAUGGUAGGUUCCUGCGUGGAGAUGAUGACCCGGGCCCCCUGAUGGCGCUGGAGACGGAUCGUGGUGAGCAGUGCUUGUGUCAAGGUCUCGCACUCUGCCGAGUUCGUCAUGUACUU